GAAAGACACUUGCCCUGCCACUCUGUAAACAGGAGAGGCAGGCUUGCCUGAUAAGAUUACACCAGCGACGGAGGAGGAGGUAUAUUUGAAGACCUCACUUUUAAUACAAAACAUACCAUCGGAGAUGAGCAGCCUUUUGAAAGGGUUAAAUGGAGCGACUAUAGGGUUCCGGUGCUUUCCGUGGCACAAUAGUGUCGCGCGGUCUGGGAUAGGCUAUGGAAUUACUUUUAUGCCGUAAGGGAGACGACAAAUACUGUACCUUGUUGGAUUGACAACACUGUUGGGCAGGUAGCCUAAAUCAAUUGCAUAUCUAGGCUACAUUCAGUUGAACAUGUUUAGACGUGUAGUUGCGAACACCGUUGUCUGUGGCCACUGGCCAGUCUGUCAUUUCCGCGACAGUUCAGUAAGCAGUUUCUAAUGUAGCCCAGCCUACAGUUUUUGUAAGGAAGUAGCACAUAUGAUUCGUUUUCAGCAAACUACACGAAUACUGGAGACUGAUCACUUUCCAGGCUCCCUGGCUGUCCGUCAUGAAGAAGCGAGCCAAUAAGGCGUUGGAGCAGGAUGAGCCUCUGUGCUGCUGUGAGUAUGUGGACCGUCAGGGGGAGCGGAGCCAUGUGGCAGCCUGCUGCUGUGACUGUGAGGACCUGGACGAUGCCUGUGACAGAUGGUUGAAAAAAGAGCCCCAGAAGGCCAACUCACUGUCCCAUCUGGUUACUGUGAUGACCGACCGCCUCCGUGUUCCCUGGUUCUGGGGUGGAGCCCGGCGUGUCGACCUAUCGGUGCUCCCCCCGCUGCUCCUACUUCCUGUCCUCCUACACGUCGCAGCCCUUCACUUCCUGUUGGGUAUAGUUGUUCUGACUGCUCUACCGGUCCUGGUUCUAUGGUACUACUAUGUCACCCACCGCAAGAAGGGCCGGACCCUGUUCUUUCUCAGCCUGGCCCUGUUCUCCCUGGGCUACAUGUACUACCUCUUCCUCACCGAGAUCUUCCCCAGGGGGGGUGUAGAGCUGACCCAGUUGGGCACAGUGACCUUGGGGGUGGCCCUGACUCUGGCCGCCCUUGUCCACACCAAGAGAGAACCUCGCUACGUAUGGCCACACCCGGCUUACGUCCACAGCACAGUGACCUAUCACAGCCCUCCACCGGACAGAGACCCCGGCCACAAUGGGGUCGGGCAGGAAGUAAUGCUUGCCAAUCGGGGUAGUGGGUCGGAGCAGCAGGGCCAGGGGGUGGAGCAGAUGAAUAGUGAGCAGAGCAGGAACUGGUGCUCUGUGUGCAGGGUUUUGCGGCCCCCCAGGGCGGGACACUGCAGGAUCUGUGACAUCUGUGUCCUGAGGCUGGACCACCACUGUGUCUGGAUAAACAGCUGUGUGGGCCAGUCCAAUCACCGCAGCUUCCUGUUGACACUCCUCCUCUUCCUGUUGACCUCUCUGUAUGGGAUCAGUCUGGUGCUGCGCAGCGUGUGUCCUCAACAGAACCUUGUCACCGCUCUGGUCUACUGCCCUGGCGUCUACAACCAGCACAGCUCAGCGCUGUGUUUCACCUGUGCGUGGUAUAGCUGCAUAGUGACUAGUGGACUACUACACCUGCUGGUCCUGCAGCUCAUCAAUGUCAGCUACAAUGUGACGGAGCGAGAGGCGCGCACCGCUCUCCGAGACAAGACUGCCCACAGUCUCUACUGGGGCCUUGUCGUUGACACAGGAGUCUACUCACAUGGUUUCCGUGGCAACUGGGCAGAGUUCCUGACCAUGGGAGAAGGCCCGGACACCCCCUGGCCCAGCCUCACUGACCUUGUGUAGCUGACCAUUGGAGAAGGCCCGGACACCCCCUGGCCCAGCCUCACUGACCUGGUGUAGCUGACCAUUGGAGAAGGCCCGGACACCCCCUGGCCCAGCCUCACUGACCUUGUGUAGCUGACCAUUGGAGAAGGCCCGGACACCCCCUGGCCCAGCCUCACUGACCUGGGGUGCGUUCAACAAGGAAAAUAGUUUGCGAACAUUGGCUAAUGUUAGCUAACAUAUUCCAUUUGUUUUGUGUUAGCCACGACCAUUCGCUAACGUUAGCUAACAGUCAGAAGGUAGUGUGCGGUGAACGUAAGUAUCGGUUUCAGGUCUUAACUGCCGCUACAAAAUCAAGUGGCCAUGUAGACUUUCUACUAUAUUUAGUAGGAGUGGCUAAGUCAUUUUCAGUUUGAAUACUGUCGCUAAAAAGCCACAGAAAAUCAUUACAAAAAGUUUCACUGUAACAUUUUGGAAUAUUUAUUCAACUCAAAUUGUUACUCUGGCAACAUGUUCACCGCAAACAGAAGCUCUGUUGAACUCUCCUCUGGUGUAGCUGAGCUGCUCAACAGCAUAAUGGCAUCGUUACAUGCUGACCAGACCGCUCGUGCGCAUGUUGAUUUUGUCCACCCACACCAGAUGCGAUCAGGACACGGAGGUUGAAAUAUCAAGUAAUCGCUCCUCCAGUUUUCAACUCUGGACUUUAUAUGGUGGUUGGCAAACAACUUCAAGGUGCGUUACCACUACCGCUGAAUCUCAGUUCAUCUUUCAAUCACCCAGUGGGUAUAUGCUCCUAAAAACCAAUGGAACCAAGUUCUAUUUUAGCGCCUGGCUACGCGUACGCUCGUGAGCAUUGUGGGUGCGAUGAUUGAAUAACAUGUAUGUGUACAUUGAUUUUGCGACGCGAGCGGUGUGGUCAGCAUGUUAGAAGUCAUUGAUCAAUUGGACGAUCCAGGUAGAAGUUGCCUACAGAUCUAGAGUCAUCUUUUACCCUCAUACAAUCUGACUUUAACCGUUAGGGGGAAGUACAUAAAACUGACCGUAGAUCAGUCUGGGGGGGAGGCAACUUCACCCUACUCUGUGAUAUAGAGGCGUCACUACAGACCCUGGUUCGAUCCCGGGCUGUAUCACAACCGGCCAUGAUCGAGAGUCCCAUAGGGCGGCGCACAAUUGUCCCACUGUUGUAAAUAAGAAUUUGUUCUUAACUGACUUGCUUGGUUAAAUAAAUGAAAAUAAAUAUGGACAAGAGUUGGAGGAUGUGGCUGCUGUAUUAUCUUUCACCACCAGAUGGCAGCAUAUCUCCACACCUCAGACUGUAAAGACAUCUCCCUCUCUCCUGUUAAUCAGUCUUCUACCUUGUCUGUCUGUAUGUCCCCUCCCUAUCUAUUAUGUCUUUCUGUUCUCCCCAGUCGGUCCUUCUGUCCUCUCCUUCCCUAUUCUGUCUGGGACUGGGAGGGAGGCCGAGCCAGUCUGAAAUCACAAGUCUUUGUUAAGGUGUCACAGUGAUCGGUUCUGUUGUGAAGUAGCGCCCCCCACAAUACCGUCCCUGAGCUGAACCAUAGGCUACAAUAACACACAACCACUUCUGUUAACUUUACUGACUGACAGCCUCAAUCAAAUCUCACCAUCUCUACCCCUCUCUCUCUCUCCCUGACCUUUUCUCCCAUUCUAGUGCUGCAAUUGCUCCGUGCACCUUUCAUCCAUCUCUAUCGAUCUGUCUCACGCUUCCUCUCUCUCUUCAUUUUCCUCGCGCAAUCUCUUUCCAGGGUCCUUCUACCAUUCUCUCGCUCUCUCCUUCCUCAGUUGAAGUGCCUUUGAUGGGAGAGGUGACCAAACCACAUGACCAAAAUAAAACGAAGCCCUAGAUGUUCCUUUCAACACUGAUUAACACUCCUCAAGAAAGGAACAGCUGUUGUCACUAUAUCUUAUUUUUAUGUGCAACAGUUGCUGUGAGCUUCAGAAGAAAACAGGUUAUGGGUAUUUAUCAAACCGCAUCGUGUUGAUACAUCUCUGUAGAUGAAGUGUUGUUGCAUUAAACAUCACAUUUACAUUUUAGUCAUUUGCUUACAGAAGCAAUUAGGAUAAAGUGCCUUACUCAAGGGAACAUGGAUUUUUCACCUAGUCAGCACAGGGAUUCAAACCAGCAACCUUUAAGUUACUGGCCCAAAGACCUUUUCCAUGUUCUGGCUCAGCUGAAAGCACCAUGCUCUACCAACUGAGCUACACAGGACUUAAGAGAAUAAAACAACAAAAGCACAGAGUUGUGGGAGAACAACUUCGACAGACUACCCACAGUGAGAAUCGUUUAUGGUGAUAUGAAUAACAUAAUGCUUUUUAUUUUGUAUGGCUUCAAGCUCUUGUCAAACUGCAUCAAACUGUGACUUCAAAAAUAUUAAAUAACCUGAAUUUUAACUGCAA